UACGCCAUCGAAUAAAAUCUCACCGUUUUCUCCUCUUUUUUCUCUCUCUCCGACAAUCGAAUUCUAGAGAGAGAACUGCCAAAAAGUUUCUGAGAGAGAAACCUCUUUGACAAUGGCGGUUUUUAGGGUUUUGUGAUAAACGAAUUCCGAGAAUCUAGAUGGAAAUGCCCGGUAGGAGAUCGAACUACACGCUUCUGAGCCAAGUUCCUGACGACCAGUUCGGCGGUGGGUCCGCCGCCAUGGCUGGAACCGGAGCUACGACUUCUUAUUAUGAAUCGGUAUCGGGUGAGGGUAAGAACAACAAAGGGAAGGUGGAGAGAGGGUUCGAUUGGGACGCCGUUGGUGAUCACAGGGCGAACCAGCAAGGGAAUCGGAUGUUCUCGUCGAUCGGGUUGCAGAGGCAGUCAAGUGGGAGCAGUUUCGGUGAGAGCUCGCUCUCAGGUGAGUACUACGCGCCGACGUUAUCGACCACGGCGGCGAAUGAUAUGGAUGCCUAUGGGUAUUUGCACGAGGAUGUAUUCAAGAUUGGCGGUGGCGGAGGGGAUUUGAGAGCCAAGGGGGUUGAUGGGGCUGUUGGGACGGGAGGUUCGUCCUGGGGGAAGAGCUGGGCUCAGCAGACGGAGGAGAGUUAUCAGUUACAGUUGGCUUUGGCACUUCGACUUUCAUCCGAGGCAACCUGUGCUGAUGAUCCCAAUUUCUUGGAUCCAGUGCCCGAUGAAUCCGCGUUAAGGUCGUCAUCGUCGAGCUCGGCCGAGGCCGUUUCUCAUCGAUUCUGGGUAAAUGGCUGCCUCUCAUACUUUGACAAAGUUCCUGACGGCUUUUACCUAAUUCAUGGAAUGAACCCAUAUAUAUGGACUGUGUGCACUGAUCUGCAAGAGAAUGGUCGUAUACCAUCACUUGAAUCACUAAAGUCUGUUGACCCUAGUAUUGAAUCCUCAAUUGAAGCAAUUCUGGUUGAUCGACGUAGUGAUCCCAGCUUAAAGGAGCUUCAGAAUAGGGUCCAUGGCAUUUCUAGUGGCUGCAUUAACACAAAAGAGGUUGUAGAUCAGCUGGCAAAGCUUGUGUGUAACCGCAUGGGGGGUUCAGCUACCAUUGGAGAAGAUGACUUUGUUUCCUUAUGGAGGGAGAGUAGUGAUGAUCUGAAAGAAUGCUUAGGAUCUGUAGUUGUUCCAUUAGGCAGUCUAUCCAUUGGCCUAUGCAGACAUCGUGCUUUGUUAUUCAAAGUGCUAGCUGAUACAAUUGAUUUGCCAUGUCGAAUUGCAAAGGGCUGUAAAUAUUGUACUAGAUAUGAUGCAUCCUCUUGCCUUGUCCGGUUUGGGAUUGAUAGGGAGUAUUUAGUUGAUUUGAUUGGGAAGCCAGGUUGCUUAUGCGAGCCCGAUUCAUUGCUCAAUGGUCCAUCAUCCAUCUUAAUUUCUUCACCACUGCGGUUUCCAAGAUUAAAACCAGUUGAACCUAUCAUUGAUUUCAGGUCACUGGCCAAACAAUAUUUCUCAGAUUGUCAAUCACUUAAUCUUGUGUUUGAUGAAGCUUCAACAGGACCUGCCACUGAUGGAGAUGACUCUAAAGUUUCCAUGUAUCCUAAGCAAAUUGACCGAAAGUGUUCAGAAGAAAGCUUUUUGCUGGUUACAGGUCAAAGUGAUGAUUCUUCUCUUAUUGGUAAAGUUUCUCAUCCAGGUGCUAAAGAUAGAGAUUCCCAACUGUUUAAAACAUGUAAUCCUGCUCAAAACAUCUUACACUCAACAACCAUGGCCAAAGAUCCAGCUAUCGGGCGUAGAGAGGCUAUGAGGGUGGAUUCUUCCAAGAGCUCAAGGUUAUUCGAGGGAAGUCAACUGAUUCCUAGUAAGCCAACUAAAGAGUUUACCCUUGAUAUAGAAGAUUUAAACAUUCCAUGGUGUGAUCUUGUAUUAAAAGAGCGAAUUGGAGCAGGUUCUUUUGGAACUGUCCAUCGGGCUGAUUGGCAUGGCUCAGAUGUUGCAGUGAAGAUUCUUAUGGAACAAGACUUUCAUGCAGAACGCUUCAAAGAAUUUUUGAGGGAGGUUGCAAUAAUGAAACGCCUACGACAUCCAAAUAUUGUUCUCUUCAUGGGUGCAGUCACAGAGCCACCAAACUUGUCCAUUGUCACAGAGUAUUUAUCAAGAGGUAGCUUGUAUAGGCUUUUGCAUAAAAGCGGUGCAAGGGAGAUGUUGGAUGAAAGGCGUCGCUUGAGUAUGGCUUAUGAUGUGGCAAAGGGAAUGAAUUACCUUCAUAGAAGGAAUCCCCCAAUUGUUCAUCGAGAUUUAAAAUCUCCAAAUCUUCUGGUUGACAAAAAGUAUACAGUUAAGGUUUGCGAUUUUGGACUCUCUCGUUUAAAGGCGAACACAUUUCUAUCAUCGAAGUCAGCUGCUGGGACUCCUGAGUGGAUGGCACCAGAAGUUCUUCGUGAUGAGCCCUCAAAUGAGAAGUCAGAUGUUUACAGCUUUGGUGUAAUACUGUGGGAACUUGCCACAUUGCAACAGCCAUGGAGUAACCUAAAUCCAGCGCAGGUUGUGGCAGCUGUUGGCUUUAAGGGGAAAAGACCUGAGAUUCCACGUGACUUGAAUUCUCAUGUUGCUUCUAUAAUUGAAGCAUGCUGGGCAAAUGAACCCUGGAAACGGCCCUCAUUUGCCAGUAUCAUGGAAUCUUUAAGGCCAUUGAUUAAAGCACCCACAGCUCAACCUGGUCGUCCAGACAUGUAAAUACUUAUCUGAAGGGUGGAAUAUUGGAGAAGUCUUACUCAUGCACAUAAUACAGCAGUUUUGUUAGAUUUGAUAUCUGGCAGCCACAUAUGCUGUUCAUAUAGUCUCAGAAUCAUGAUUGUACAUGUCUGUUGUAGUUGCUGAUUUGAGAAUACUGAUUCUUAUACACAAAUUAAGGAACUGCUGCAAGUGCCAGCAAGGUCUGCAUUUCUAUCUUCAGGGCCGGCUAAAAGGCCAUUAAGGCCUUUUCCUUAGGGCCCUACAAACAAAGGGCUCGUAAUAUAAAUCUUAUGUUAAAUAUAUAGAAUUAUAAAUAUCUAUUUGUCUUCAAAAUUUUUUUUUUUUUAAUUUGUAUUAUUCUAUAACUCAAAAGGCGGAAUGCCGAUUCCCUUUUAAAUUCUCUUUUGGCCAUUUUGAAGGCUAUUUUUUUCAAGUAAGAUUUUGUCUCUAA